AAUUAUAACGCCAAUUAUAUUUUGCUCUAGAUUUUGAAAAAAGGCGUUCAUGAUAUACUGCAAUUUUUAUAAAAACGUCUAAACACAAUGCAAUUAUUCUCAACAUAUUAAUUUUUUCUUUUUAAUGAAGAAAUAUGCGGGCGCACCUUUUAAAGAGCAGAGGUGUUUGCACUUGGCGGCCAAUUCACUCAAGUCAGUCGAGUUUCUGACAUUAAAAGUGAGUGAACAGGAAGACAGUCAUGCUUCUGAAAAUAAUUGUUUUCUUUCUCGCUGUAUUGAUUUCACUCCACCACGCUUUUGCACUAUAUGAGAAUGACAAUCACCUUGGAGUUGGCCAUGCAACGGAAUUGCCCAUUUCCUCACUGACCCUUUUCAUGUCGGAACCAAAAGUGAUAAAUAACGAAGCUCGGAACUUGCCCACGGAGAUGAGAAAGGAAGACGAAGAUACCGGCGAAGGUACAGUUCAAUUGGUUCCUGUCAACUCAAUCAAAGUUCGCUUCAAUCCGCCAAUUCAGCGCCAGAAGCCGAAUUCGCCAAUGACGAGUGGACAAAAGAUCUGCGAGGAAAAAUGCAAAAUGCCUAGCUUGCCAAGGAAAAUGGCUGAAGCUGCCAAAAACUGCAAUUCUGAAUCUGAAAAUCUGGGAUCACUUUCCCAGAGAAAUAGAGAAGGGCGUCCGGAGCUCAGGAGAAUCAGUACAACGCACAGAGCAUUGUGCAGUUCACAUUGUGUUUUGACCCGACUUCAUUUGCUAGAGGAAAACGGAUUGCCGAAUGCUGACAGAGUGACCGGUUUCUUUCUUGAGCAUUUCGGGUUCAAGUGGACGAGUGCAUUGAGAACAGCAAAUCUAGUUUGCUCAAAGGCCAUUGAAAACUUGGCGCUCAGUGAUUUUCACUUCAGAGAUGACAAAGUGAAAUUCUGCGAGAUUUCGGUUACCUUCAUGAAAUGCUUGCACGAAACUUUGGAGAAAAAUUGUCCUGAAUCGUUUCUGGCUCCAGAUUGCGAACAAGUUUAAUGCAGUUUAUUAGAAGAUCAUUACGAUUGAUUAUGGCGCAGUUUUUAUGUAUCAAAAAUUAUAAAAAAAAAAAUUAAAUUACAUGAAUGUGAUUUUUA